AAUGUGUUAUUGAGCUCAUUUUUACGCUCACGUACUAAGCUUGGGCAAUUACUGCGAGGCGAACGUAGUUGGUUAACAGAAUUUUGAGACAUCCAAGAUAGUUUUGGAACAUCGUUUUCGCUUAGUUGGAGCACUUGAACUUCGCCUGAGAACGUGGACCGUGACGAUUGAGGUAUGACAGAAGAGAAAAGUCAAAUGAUGGACGAAGGAAGCCCAGCUUUUAAAGGGAACAAGUACGCCUUCUCCAAGGCUCGGAUCCUGUUAAUCAUUUUCGCUAUAAUUGCAGUUAUAAUUUUGAUCGUGGGAAUAGUGCUGAUUGCUCUUGCUGGCAAAAAGAAGGAUUGCAAGGGAGAAGAAAACGGAAAUAAAGGUAGCACGGAAGAGCAAGUGUCUUCAUCGUUUUGUGAGUAUUCCGAAGAGGCAAAACGGAUCGGUCUCGACGAUAUCAUUUUACGCGCGAAGAACGCUUACUAUGAGAAGCUGCCUUUUAAAUUACCGGAUGAUCCCGAUGCAAAACGCGAGGACAUAAAGGAAAAGUACAGCGCCUACAAUCCAACUCCUGACUACAUCAGAAGUGUCACAGAUGCGGCCUGGGAUCUCUUUAAGCAAGUGAACGAAACAGAAAUGGACUCUAACAAACUGAAACCACGGGAACGAAAAGCGAUAUCGCAGCUGAAGCAUUAUUUGAAAACGGUAUUCGGACAACCUUUUGAUAUGAAUUUUUAUGCUGGUGACUGGAUGAUGGGUCCGACUUUCUACUGCAAACAACCAAUCUGCAACAUUGGUAGCGAUUUGAAAGCAAUGCUAGGAAGUCUAAAGCCUGAGAACCUGAAAGACGUUGAACUGAUAGAGAGCAAGAUGAAAGUCCACAAGGAGGGAAUUCUGAGGUACAUGGAAAAUUUGAAAAUGGGAAAACUUCACGGAAUGGUUUACAGUCAAGAGGCUUGUGUCUCCGGACGAGAUGCACUCAAGAGGAAAUAUCUGAAUAUCGCUUUAAAGAACGAGACAGGUGUUUUGGACGAGGACUACGUUAAAGUUGCUUUGAAUGAUGAUUACUAUUCUGACAUAACAGACGACAUGAAGAACCAGUGGAAAGAUCAAACUGGUAAAACCGUAAAGCAAUCUAUGAGUGACUACCUGGUGGAAUAUAUGGGAAAACCAAUGAACCAGCUGCUAAGGUAUCUAGAACACGAGCAUUACCGCUUUUGUGUCCCAAGUAAUUUUUCAAGCGGGUUUGCCUCUCUGCCACUCGCACAUGUUUGGGUUGAUGGCGUAGAAAAUACCUCUUGGCCGACGAACACAACAUUAUCUACCGGCGAUAAGUUGGAUGGGAAAAAGGCGUACGCUAUGAUAUUACCUUAUUUCACGACAAAUGACAUGACACCGAAGCAAGUACAAGAUGUAGGAAGGGAGCAGUUAGAUAAGCUUUACCCGCUGGCCGUGGAAGCAGCUAAGGGGGAUACUGGAGAAACCAACGAAACAGAAGCCAUCAAACAAUUCAGAAAAAAGUUAGACUCCUCUGAUAACUACUUCAAUGAUGAGGCAUUUCCUGAGAACGAAUCUGAUUCUAAAGCACACGAGCUAUGCAGCAGUAUUGACGCGGCAAAGAAAUAUUGUCCAACGAGAUGGAAGGCUAUUCAAAGUUGGUUCAAGGAGGCCAGAAUGGUAAUGAGCAUGUUAUAUCCUAAAAUAACUGACAUGUUCCACUUCGCUGGAGAUAAACACUCCACACCCAACUGUCCAGUUGAAUUAAGACCUGACCUGAACCCGUCCAGCGGUAUUCAGAGCUACGACGGAAGUGACCCAAUGUGUUUAAAGCCGGCGCAUUACAACAUUCCGUUCUUCUUGGCCAAGUUAGGACCUAAGUUUUCUGAGUGGAGUAUCAAUUCCCAUGAGGCUCGGCCGGGACACCAUAUUCAGAUCCAAGGAACCAGGGAACAUUUUAGGGACACUUGUGGCGGUCUGAUUGGCUGGUUAGAUUCCAAAACAUAUUACACGGCCUUUUUGGAAGGCUGGGGUCUUUACGCUGAGAACCCAUUAAUAUCAGAUGAUACAGAUGUUUACGACGGCGAACCAAUGAAGAAAUACGGCAUGUUGAAGUGGCAGAUUUGGCGUGCAGUGAGGUUGAUUGUAGACACAGGGUUGCACUAUACUGGAAUGAAAAGAGAUGAGGCCAUCAAAAUGUUUGCUGACAAUGCAUGGGAUGACUCUGAUUUCACUCGGAAAGAGGUAACCCGGUACCAGAGCUGGCCAGGUCAAUCCACGGCGUACAUGAUUGGCAGGAUAGCAAUUUUAAAAGCCAGAAACCAUUCUAGUACCUCCCUGGGUAAAGACUUCAACCUCAAAGACUUUCAUUACCAGGUUUUGUCCCAGGGAUCGUCUCCUCUUGCAUUCCUACAAGAACACAUUGAGAAUUAUGUCGAAUGUGUCAAAGAUCCCGAUAAAGAAGGCUGUUCCUUUAUCCUGAAUCCGCCCAAGAGAGCGCCAGUCAAAAGUGAUGAUAAGGAGUCUGGAAAACAGCAGCACUUUGAGGCCAACAGACAUUAUGCCUAGGACUAGAAAAAUUUCACUAUCUGGGAUUGUUGUCGAUGCGUGAAAAUCUUGUGGUGUUGAGGUGUUUUUGUGUGUUAGGGGCCCUGUAAGUUUCCCACUAACUAACUUCAAAAAUUCUGGUGAAAUAAAGCAGGGACUAUUUGUAACUCUUAUAGGAAAUCGUUCUCAGGUGAUCAAUGUAUCCAUGGCAACCAUAUAUUGGCAGGCCACAUUUAGCCAGUGUUUUUCCGAGUGUUACUAUUUUUAGUUAAGUGUCUAUAUUCAAGUGUGAGUGUUUCGUCUGGUGUGAGGUAUCCUCUUGGUUAGCAGGAGGUUAUACGUUAUUCAGUAAACAAUCGAAUCCAACUACGCUGCCUCAUUUUGGGAGUCACGUGCUAUAUGCAGCUAUAAUUUCAGACUAGAGUUAGCUUUUACUUUUGCAUGGAAUAUUUUGUGUUAUAUCGUUCAAUAAACGAGUUGCAUGUGGUGUGUUUA